ACAUCAUUCGGUUCCGUUCUCAUUUCCGAUUCUGCUUCCGUCCCAAGAAUUUCUGUUUCCAUUUCCAUGUUUUCAUUCCGUUUAUACUUUAGUGAAAUAAAAUAUGAAUAACAGAAAAUAUCAAACUUCACGUCUGUGAAAAGGAAAUGAGGUAGAAGUGCAUGUCUGGUUCAUCAGAGUUGUCAGGCACAGGAAGAUCUUUUCACGUCUGGUUACUCCACCGGUAGUUUCUGAGCUCACAUACAUAGCCUGGUUGGCACUCUGAACCCCGAUCAGGAACUAGAUGCUGCGAAAGCAAAACGAGAUUUCUUGAUGCUGUAACUUCCUCGGUCAGUCAAUCACAGGAGAUAAGACUUGUCCCUCACACAAGCAUCAGAACCUGGCUGGCUUUACCGCAUCGUGUAACAAGGCUGCUGCUCCUGCAGCACAGCAGCAGCACUGCUAGCUGUGGACGAAUGGGCCGAAUUAACCAUUAGUUUUGCUGUGACAGCAACGCCAUGGUCCAUGGAGAGGAGGCCUUCCUGCUCAAGCUUUCAGGAGCCUUCCAUAUAUGGCCUCAGGCACAAUGCCCAAAAUAUUCAUGUACUCUGGAGGGAGCGGCAUGAGCAGGUGCGUGUCCAUGAACCCGAGAAACCUCAGCGGCAAGCUGCCGGCGGAAGAUGGCGCUCUCCCUGAGGCGAGCCAGAGCCAACCGCAGCAGCACGAGCCAGAGCACGGCGGCGAUGGCGGCGACGGCGAGAUGGUGCAUUUCAGCCACCCGGAGCACCGGCUGGCGCGGUUCGACUUCCCGUACCUGUUCCUCUGCAUGGGCUGCAAGGAGUACGGCGCCGGCAAGCGGUUCAUGUGCCAGAUCUGCGGCUUCCAGCUGCACGAGUUCUGCGCCAUGGCUCCCCCCUCCCUCCACGACCACCCCUUCCACCCCAAGCACCAGCACCUCCUCUUCUUCGAGAAGCCAGGCGGGUUCCUCCGGUGCAAGUGCGACAUCUGCGGCAAGCCGGUGAAGGGCUUCUCGUUCCGGUGCGCGUGCUGCAGCUUCGACGUGCACCCGUGCUGCGCGGCCAUGACGCGCCGGAUGGAGCUGCCGGCGCACGGCCACCCGCUGCUGCUGGCGCCGGACGCCGGCGCGGGCGUGGCCACGAGCUUCGUGUGCCAGGUGUGCCGGAGGCGGCGGUCGGGGCGCGUCUACCAGUGCAUGCCGUGCGGGUACUACCUCCACGCCAAGUGCGCCAAGGACAUGGUGAACGGGCUGUACGAGCACGGCGUGGUGCCGCCGGAGAAGAGCAACCCGCUCGUCGCCGUGGCCAAGGUCACCAUCAACGCACUCUUCAGCGUCAUCGGCGGCCUCAUCGAGGGCAUCGGGGAGGGCUUCGUGGAGAACAUCGGCAGGAGCAGAGGCAGAAGCUUCAGAUGA